CCUGCCGAGUGUGCCCGAAUCGCGACGUUAACCGUGGAUCGAUGAGAUAAACGCGCAACCCCGCUUUGCGUUAAAUCAAUACCAUAUCCAUCGAUUUUCACAGCCGCAGCCGCCGCACACCAAACUUGAGGGUCGCAAGCGGUGGUUGCGCGUGUUUUAUCAUUUAAAAUGUGUAAAGCUAAAAUUUGUGCUAAUAUUAUGUUCAUCUAGAUCACUCCUAUUGUUAAAGAAAUGUUCAUAAUAUUCUAGAUUCAGUGUGUUAUGAGAUGGUGUGAAUCUGAAGCGGCAAAAUGACGUCGACUGAUACGUAUCAGUUAAAAUGGCAUUCGCACAGUUCUCAUUUGAAUGGUUCUGUGGCGGCACUGCUUCGCUCGGAGAGAUUUACGGAUGUUGUUUUGUGCACGAUGGAUGGAUCACAAAUACCGGCACACAAGUUCAUCCUCAGUUCCUGCAGUGUGUACUUCAGCACGUUGUUCGAAGGCCAGCGGUCGGUGACGAGAAUGGGUGGCAUGCUGUAUGUUGUGCUGCCCUCGGAAAUAUCAACUAAGGCUCUAAAAAUUCUUGUAGAGUACAUGUAUAAAGGUGAAACUACAGUAUCUAAUGAGGUUUUAGAUAUUGUACUAAAGGCAGGGGAGGUUUUAAAAAUUAGGGGUCUGUGGCGACAGACAGAUGAAGUUGGCGGGGAUUCCACACCAGCCGAGAAGACCACUACAACCGCAACCACAGCAAACAAACAACCAGACAAAGCCAAAGAACCACCAAAAAUAACUUUAAAGAAGGAUGAUAAGUUACUCAAAGCUUUUAACCCUGUUCAAGGGCAGGGAACUAGACCAAUGUUCAUUGGACCACCGAAACUGGUGUUCAUCAAGACCAGUGAUGGCACCACCCAAGCUGCAAUACGGCCAGGUGUACCCAAGGGUCAAACAAUACUGGUUGCUCCAGCACCUUCAACAGAGACCACAUCUACUAUCACCAUGCCAACACCCACGGUUACUAUAGCAACAGAGGACACAAAUGAUGAUACUAUACCAACUAGAGUAUUGAGACGGAAUGCUACUGAACGAAAGUAUGGGAAGAAACAGAAGACUGAAGCUGAUGAUGGGAAGGAUGAUGACGCAGCAUCAACCAGUUCUAAGAAAUCAAACCAAAGCAGCACAGUGGAAGUGCAAGUGAAGGAGGAACCAGACUGGGACGCAAGCAGCAUUGAGGAAGAAGAGAGGUCCAUCGCAGAGAUGUUCCAAGCCGAGAUGAGUGUCAAGUCAGAGCCGUGUGACGAGGUUGAUGUGGAGGAAGAGGGUCUGCUAUACAGCCCGCUGUCGUGCGAGCUGUGCGCGGAGGUGUUCACGGUGCCGGCGGCGUGGGUGCGCCACGUGCAGGAGCACGCCGACAACGACGGCCAGCACGCGCGGAAGCGGAAGCGCCGCUCCGCCAGUGACGACACCGAGGAGACGACAGCGCUGCUCCGCUGCGACCUCUGCCAGAAGCACUUCCCCAACCCGGCGGAGUGGGUGCGACACAUACAGAGCACUCACACUGAGACUGAAUUGGCCAUAUCAAACAACAGUGCAGCACCAAAACGUCACAAUCGUUUCACAGACGGCGAGCAAAACAAGACGUGUGGACACUGCAAGAAGAACUUCCCAUCGCAUGCAUCCAUGCUCAUUCACAUGCGCACACACACAGGCGAGCGGCCGUUCGUGUGCGGGCUGUGCAACAAGGGGUUCAACGUGAAGUCGAACCUGCUGCGGCACCUGCGCACGCUGCACAACCACGUGGUGAGCCCCGCGCGGCUGCCCGACGAGCCCGGCCCGUCCGACCUCAAGCGGGAGGCCUGAGCCAGAGGAGGGGGGGCAGGUAGAGGGCGCGGCCGGCCACGCACCGCGUACACGCUAGCGAUGGCCGAGGCGAACCGGCGCGCCAACGACAAGAAGAAGGCCGACGCGAGUGCGCUGCGCAAACAGAGCUACUCGCUGUUCCUCAAGCAACGCGCGGUCCUCUUCUCUGCUAAGAAGUGGAAGUAGUGUCCGCAACGCGCUGCCCGCGACGCUUUAAACGUUCCAUAUUCGAAUUUGCCCUUAGUAAAAUUACUUUCAAUUUUGAACCCCUCACGUUCUUUUGUAUUCCUCUAUGUUUACCAUUAAUAAACGUUAUUUUGAGAUAUUCUUGGUAUCCGUCUACGAUGCGAUGGUCUUAAAAACAUCUUAUUCUGAUAAUUUAUGCAUGGUUCUCAGAAAGUGAAAAUCCUUCAGUUUUGAUUUCAUACAUUGCAUAUCAUUUUUCGUGAUUUACAUGUGGUUGGAAUUAAUAUAAUAAUUGUAUUUAAAGCGUCUCUUUUAGGGUAGCAAUGUGUUGCGACACUACAAGUCCUGCCCUUCCUCCUUUAGUUUUAUUAUUUUUAUAAGAGUGUAUUUAUUUUUUAUAACUAGUCUUUACUAGAUCUCAUUCUUUUAAUUAACGAUGUAAUUUUAAGUAAAACAUGUAGUCGUACAUACAAGCAAGUCUUAAGGAAUAUUCAUAGAUAAUUAAUAUGUAUUUCUCAUUACCACAACAUGUAGCUGAUAUUCAAAGUUAAUUUGAGAUUGUCUAUGGGUUCAUAACACAUACUAAAUAUUGUUCUUAGAAUAGUAAUCUACUUCAAACCGUAUUAUACUAUAGUAUGUUGGGUUUAACACACUUCAAUUCUUGUAAUAUUUAGUCAGUAUGUACCUAUAAAUGGAAAUAGUAUUGUAAGUUUUAAAACACCGUUGUACUUGCUUGUGAUUGACUAAAUUUAAUUGUAAUUUUGAAUAAAUAGGCUUUAGAAUAGAAGAAUAAUUUAUGUUGUAUACCUCUUGCAUUUAUAAAUUAAUUUAUUUCAUUUUAACAUUCCUUUUGUGUGAUACAGUACUGUAGUUGCGAUUUUAAUUUAUUUUAAAUACUCAUGUGUAACAUGGAGUCUGUAUUAAUGUUUGUACUAU